AUAACAAGAGUGAGCAGUGGGAUUGUCAAAAUGUGGACUCUCUCUCAUGUCUCAGAAUGGGUAUCAAACAUUGGAUCCAGUGCUAUGCUUCUAACAAGUCUAUCAAUAAAGGAGACUUGGAAGCGUCUGAUGAUUCAUGCCUUCUUAUGCAUAUUCAACCCCUUAAUUGGUUUUUAUCUCUGAUCUUCAAAUACAUUCAAUGGCCUGAGAAACCCGAUGCAAUGGAAACUACUGACCAGGAAAAGAGGCGUGGGGAUGCAUGGAUUCAAAUUAAUAAUGGUGAAAUGAAAUUUAAUAUUUGAAAGUUUUAAAAAUUAUAAGUUACUUUAUAGUUGGUGAUGGCCCAGAAUGUAAAUGGGUACAUACAUUAAAGCAAGGAGCCUGGAGUAUUCAAAAUACGUUUGGGCAAGGUGUUGGAAAUGGGAUAUGGCUCGUCGGUUGUGGUGUUAGAUUAGACAGCACACGUGUAGUGCUGGCAAUGUUGGGGUUGACAUGGGUUGAAGAAGAGACGGUGCCACGGCAGAUUAAGGAAUGUUAUGAAUCGACCAGUGGCACUUAUCUGUCGCCUUCACAUCCUCCCACCCUAUAUCUUGGACUGCCACGUCGCAUCACACGCGUCCGCCAAGCCUUACCCAUCGGCCAUCUUCCGUUUGUCCGACAAUAACUAUAUCUAUAUAUGCAUGUUGUUUUUUUAUUCGGUUGCUGGCUUAAGUUUCUUGGUCCUGGUCGGUGCUUCAGCUUCAUUGAUCCAUACGAUCCUUUUUCCGUUGGUCGUUGCUACCUUAUAUUUGCUGUAAAUUACAGAUCGCCUACUAUAUAUUACAAGCACAUAAUCAAUUUUAAUUUGAUUCAUGGCUAUUACCGUCGCUAGUAUUACUUCUGGGUCAUCUGCUGGCAGCAGGUCUUUUGUGGUGGUGGCAGUGCUGUUACUGCUACUGCUGCUUACCGUCGGUUGCAGCAGCUCCAGCAUCGUUGAAGAUAAUGAAGUAGCUAAAGGAGCUGAUGAUCAGCAACAAGCUGGUGGACAUGAUCGUGAUAAAGAGGCAGCGCCGGAAACAUCAUCCAAUUCCUUGGAUAAGGAUGCCAUGCCUUCGUCAGAGUCCUGGACCGGGUGGGCUAAGGAGAAACUUUCUCAAGGCCUGGGAUUCAAACACGAGCAAGCUGCUGCUCCUGAUGUAGGACGCGGUGAAAAGGCAACGACAGUAGCGAGGGAAAAGGCGAGUGAGGUGAAGAGGGCUGCAACGGAGAAGGCAGAAGAGGGAAAGGAGAGAGCAAUGGAGAAAGCAGAGGAGGCCAAGGAGAAGGCAAGCCACAAGGCAGAGGAAGCGAAGGAGGCAGCGGCGGAAAUGUAAAAGGGUGCGGUGGAGGAAGCCAAAAGAAAGGAAAGGGAGGCAGAAGAGCUGAUACAGCAGGGGAAGAACAAAGCCAAGGAGGGUUUUGACGCAGGCAAAACCGAAGUUGAGGAAACUGUGGCUUCCGCCUAUGAGGCGGCAAAGCAGAGAUCAAAGGACACAGUGGCAGGUGGUGCUCGCAAGGAUGACGACGAGCUUUAAUCCAUAUUAAUUCUGUCGCGCAUCCUCUUGUGAUAUCGUCAUGCUUGUUUGCUAUGUUUGUUCUUUUGAUGUAGACGGCAUUAGGGAAUAGGGAUGGUCUUUAUUUAUGCAUGUGUCAUGUGUGUGUUCUAUUAUUAUAUAGUGUAUGGUUGGUGCAUGCUGCGUUACAUAUGGAACGGACGUUGUAAUUGAAUUAAGCCUUUGAAAGGAAACAGUGUUCUAAA